GACGAGCGAAUCGCGUGAAUGAGAUGAGAUGGGACUGGGAGACGCCGGCGACGGAAGCGGAGGCGGAGGCGUUGCAGGAGCGCAUCUGGGACCUCCACGACAAGCUCAGCCACGCCAUCCUCGCCCUCUCCGCCUGCGCCGGCCUUCCGGCCUGCCGCUGCCGGGGCGCCCCCAACGGCCACGUAAUCCUCAAGGGGCAGCGGCCGCCGCAGGGGGGAGGGCACGUCGACCUUGCCGCGGCGGCGGCGGCCAUGGCGGACGCGCGGGGCCUGCACGCCAUCCGCACCGCGCUCGAGGACCUUGAGGGCCACCUCCACUUCCUUCGCGAUGUUCAGUCACAACAGCGUGCCGAUCGAGAUACCGCGAUUGCUAGGGUGCAGCAAAGUCGUAUUCUCCUUGCUGCAAGGUUGGCUGAACAUAGAGGAAAGGGGCAUGGAGUCAUUGAGGAAGCCUUGGGUUUUGUGGGUGAUGUGCGUGACAAGAGCCAUUUUGUCUCGCCCGAAGAUGUGUAUGGGAUGCACAGCCAAUCAGGGGAAGAUGAGGAGGAUCUCAGGGGGCAUGGUUCAAACAUGGUGGUGCGUGUGGUAUCCUGCAGUUUUGCUUUAGCCAAGAACAUUUUAAGAUUCGAGACGAUGGGUAGUGUGCUGGGUAAUGCUACUGUGUUUGCAGUAAGUAUGCUCACAUUCUUGCAGCUUCAUCAAUUGGCCUCUGGUAAACAAAUGCCAGCGGUCCAGUAUAGGAGAACCGACAAUGUUUCUCUCUCUGGAGGGUCAAGAAAAGACACUAAAGGAAAGCAUCUGGAAGUGUUAUUAGCUAGAGGUUGAGCAAUCAUCAGAUACAGGAAGCUUUGUUCUCCUUUGAGUUUUGGUUGGUUUUGUUAGGUCACUAGGCACUAGCCAUUGCAUUCUUUUGGAUGGGCUGGUCUACAGUCUACCUUCAUCGUUAGAAGCUGUACCACACAGGAUGUAAAUGGUUUGAGAUUAGCAAUAGAUGCACUGGAAGAAUCUGCAAGUCGGUUCCCUUUCCUUCAACUAACCACAACAAUUGUAUGGUACUAGGGCAACAUAUCUCGUUCUGGGGCUGUGACAUUUGAAUCUGUUUGUUUGGUUAUUACUCUACUACAUCUAUGGUGAUGAACUUGGAGAGGAUCCACAAGCCAAUGUUCCCUCACCAGUCACCAGCAGCUGGGGAUGCAAAUCAGACUGGACAUUGCGAUGCUAUGCUUCAUUUGUUUGCCUCUUCGACUAGUGUCAAUGUCAUGGCCCAGAGGUUCUUUGCUUGAUUGAUAACUUCACCCCGUGAUUUGUAUAUAACUGAGCCAAAGUACAAGCACGCAAAAGUACAAUGAGGUGCAUGUGUCAUAGCCUUCAAACGGUUGAGUUGUGAAUUGCUCUUUCUUGUGCCUUGUUCUUCA